CCAAGAUCUGUUAGCAUAUGUUUCAUACUCUCUAGCUCUACUUUUUAAAAUUCUCCAAAUCCACUUCUUUCGCUUUUUAAUUUUUUAAAAAUAAAAAUAAUUUGCGCUGCAUUAGGAAAUGAAAAGGAAUUAGAAAUAAAUAAGAAGGGUUACCAAUAAGAAGUUGAAUGACGUUAUAAUGGCUCAGGGUGAUCUUUUUAUUUGUAAAAAUGCCAUUUUCUCUCACUUCAUUCGGGUAAGUUAUUAUUUUCAUUUAAUUUACAUCUGUCUAAGUCUACUUGAACUGUCCAGCCUGGGCCAGUAGCCGGCAAACAUUGUUGAUACGUUAUUAUUAAUAGCCUAAUUAAUUUUAAUCUGUUUUAAGAUUUGGCUCGUAGAAUGAACAAUACGUAACAAAGGACUUUGGACUUAGACUUAGACUUAGAAACACAAUAUGCAAAGAAAACGAUAACAGAGCGAGUGAUAUGUUGGACUUAGACUUAGAAACACAAUAUGCAAAGAAAACGAUAACAGAGCGAGUGAUAUGCCUACUAACUAUGACUAAUACUAAUAAUAAUAAUGACAGUAGUCAGUAGGACUAGUCAAUGACUGACAAUAUUUAUUCAAUUUAUUUAAUUAUGACUUUUAAAUCAACUAUUCUAUAGUCAAUACCAGGCCUGCACAACAUGCGGGCCGCAUGUGGUCCGCCAGCACCCACUUUGUGGCCCGCGAGCACCCACUUUGUGGCCCGCGAAGUAACCAAAUAUUCUUUAUUUUUAUUAUUUUCUUAAUAGCUUUCCCUCUGUCUUAUUUUCUUUUGGCCUGCACAAGUCCUUUCCUAUUUUAUUUUGGCCCGCACAAGUUUUUCAUAAAGUAUUACGGCCCGCCUUACAUUUUGAGUUGUGCAGGCCUGGUCUAUACUUUUAGAUUCCAAAAAAAUACAAAUUCAAAUACAGAAUAAAAAAAACUAUAUUGUCUAUAUCAACUUACAGCACUAGCUCACACCAAAUGUAAAGCCUAAACAAUCCUCGAAAAAUACAAAUAUUAAUUUUUUAAUUAAUACACACAAAGAGUACAAUCUUGCAUUUAUAAUGUAUCAUAUAGUCAUAUAACAUAUGUUUAGGAAAUAUAAAUUUAGCGAAAAUCUCUCUCUCUGAGCUCUGCUGAGGGAAACUGCCACCCUAUAAUGGAGGGAUUAAAUCAGACCAUCUAAUAAAAAAAUUAUAGAAAUUGCGUCACCUGAUAGCAUUCUUAGGAACAAAGAACGCUUUAGUUUUAGAACAAAUAGACUGCAUUCCAACAUAUACAAUUACAAUACAAUCUUUUCCCAAUCAAGAGAGGGGUGGGUAAGAAAUUGCACUGCACAUUUACUGGGUGAUUUCAUUGUCAAAGCAAAACAAAAGGAGAUAAGUGGUGGUGGCUAAAAUUAGGCUUACACAUAAUAAUAUGCUCUUUAAGUAUAAGUCUACCUCUGAAAAUGUCCUUCCCUGUUGUUGUUUCUGGCCUGGCAUAUUAUGCACACUUCUGUCAUUUUCAGUUUCUUGAAACUCAUAAUCCGCAUUUAAUAUACAUUAUAAUUAUAUACAUUUUUGAAAAUUAUUUAAUUUUUGUGUAUUUUAUUAAAGAAAACUUUCAGCACGAGGAAAAAUACAUAUUAAUUUCAUUUCUUUGAUUAAAUCAGUUAGAAACGCGAAAAGUUUUAUUAUUUUUAAAAAUGAAGUUCAAAUUAAACACUUGCAAAUUUUGCAUAAUUAAGUACAUUGCAUGUAACAAAACCAUUAUCGUCUACAACAUUCAAAUACGUUACAGGAAAAUUUAAAUAUUAAACAACAAUACUGGGAGUAUCAUCAUCAGUAGCACUGGUCCGAGACUGCAAUUUCAGGAUCUGCCUCGUAAGUCAUUUAAUAGCUGCUUCAUCAUCUUGGGCAGACAGAAGGAUACCAUAGAUAUAUAUUUAUAUAUUGUAUCACUUAGGAAGUUAUUGCUAUUUAUUCUGCACUCACUCUCUUUACACUGUUUACAGGGUCCAGGAGAAACAAUUAUUCAAAUGGAUUUGCAGCCCUUUCUUACUCCGUCACAGUUGGAUGGUGGCUUUGAUUCCUAUUGGUUUAAAAAGGAACACUUUGAAGUAUGGAAACAUUGGGGCUCAAUUUGAGCAAAUUAAAUAUAUUUUAUAAUUUCAGUGCAUAUUGUAUGUAAUGGCAUACAAAAUUUGAUUCAUGCUUCCCUUUAAAGUUAGUUUCUGUACACAUGAGUCAAGUACCAAGCGCUGCAGGUUGAGUGAGAAAAAUGAUCUUAUUCCCAGCCGACCUUCGGUAACAUUUUCAACACAAGAAAUGAACACAGCCUUGACCUAUUUGUUGUCCUUAGCAUUGUCAAGUCAGUCAAGGUUAAAAAAAUUAGCAGAAUAUCUUUCACCAACUUUCCAAAAGCAUGUAUAAUUUCCUGUCCAUUAUGGUCCAACACUUCCAAAAUUUGACAGUUGGUUAUGCUGCUAAAUGUUAUUUUUAUUGUUUAAUUUUAACCUUUUUUUCCCAGGAGGUUGUGACAUUGCUGCAGUCUGUAAUUAAAUCAUGUGCGAAUAUAACAAAUAAAGAAUUAAAAAAGGUUGAGAAAUCAAAAGAUUGUGUACUAACAGGUGAGUCAAAGUAUUCUCUACUAACACACAUAUAAUUUGUAGUAUGUUAGAAAAACACUAUUGUUUAUAUAUAUUUUUUGUGGAACCAUAGUAUGACACUACAAGGAUGAAUACAUUGAAUUACUGUACUAGAAUAUAUAAAUUUAGUUUAGCCUGAUGUAAAGUAAUACUUCAGAAAGCCAGUCUCAUUGAUCAUUUCCAAGUUCUUAUUGUGUACUGGUAUCCAGACAUUUAAAGACAGACCUCUGUGCAAAGGAGGUGUAGUACUCAAGAAAAUAGUUCAAAUUAUAAAUUAUAGUUAUAUUAUAGAAAUUAUCAUGUUGUUGGACAUAUAAGGCAUUUCUGACUCAAAUCAGUUUUGCUUCAGUCAAAAAAAGUAAGUAAGAUUGUUAGAGUCAAAGGGUAUUAAAAAAUUAACUGAAUUUGAUAUGACUGUGUGAUCUUGUUGAUCAUUUUUUUAAACUAUGUGGCCCUGUUUUAUGAAGCACUUUACAAAAAAUGUGUUAUGAAUUAAUUUCAGGUGAAACUGUGAGAAUAGCUUGUACAUUUAAAAUGCAGUCUGAAAAAAAUGUCUGCCUAAUAACACAGUUCUAUGAUAAGGAAAAGAACAAGAAAGGUAAUACAUUAAAUUUAUUUAUUUCACCAUAUUGAAUUGAUUCCCAUAUUCUGAAUACAAAAUUAAUUUUAAAAAAACAUACUUUUUAAAAUGUCUCUCCAUUAGGUUCUGAUGGUGGGUUAAAUUUGGUUAAUAUUAAUAUCAAAAUAAAGAAUUUAGCCAGUUAACACCAAACACAAAGGUCUUUAUCUUGAGUGAAUUCUUAUCCAGGUACCCACUGAGUGAAACUUUUCAACUAACAUUUCUUUUUCUCACAAAAGAAAGGCUAUAUUUUCCAAAAUUAUUUUGAUGUACCGGUACAGUCACAUAUGUGAAGUGUUAAUUAUUAAUCCACAGGAUCAACAAGAAAAAGCCAACCAUUGUUCCGAGAGGUUUCAUUGCACAAUGAAAAAAUAGUGGCCUACGUCUGUCCCCGUGUAAGUUCUUCUGCUAUACAGCUUAGUCAGGUAAGUAAAAGAGUUAAGACACCAACACCUUAUACUGCAUAAGUUGCAAAGGGACUGAUUGAAAUCGGGAAAUACAAAAAUUCUAGCAUAUCAUUCCUAUUUUUAAAAUAGAGUCAGUUACUAAUGAUUUAGCUUUUUAAUUUUUACUCAGUUUUGAUACAAUAUGCUCAAUUCUAUUUGGUCAAUAUUAAUUUUAUUUUAUCUUUAAAUUGGUAGAAGUAUAUCUUUGAAACUGAUGACACAGUCCCCAUUUUACUCUCUGAAUGAUUUGUAUAACUUUUUAAAGAUUUACAACAGCGAUAUUUCAAGACAAAAGUUUAUAUUCAUUACUUAUAGUUUUGUAGAUUUAGUAGAAAUGUUUUGUAGAAAGUACUGCAGGGAAUGUUAUCCUUUUUGAUUUAUAUUACUUGUUAAUUUAAAACACAAUUUUUUUUAUUAUAAUUAAUAUAAUUUUAUCAAUCAUCUUAACUUAUUUUUUAUACAAAUUCAGCUUGUAUGUGGUGGAGGGAAUAAAGAUGGACAACAGGAGGAUAUAAGUAAAUAUUUUGUUGCUCUGGCGUCUGACCUACCAACAAGAUUAAAAUCUUAAGUCAACCCAAAUAGUAGACUGGAGUGUCAGAUUUUUGGCGGGUUUAAUUUUUUUAGAUAGGCUCUUUAUUUAUUGCAUAUUAUCUGAUACCGGGUACUCUUGUGCAGGCCCUGAUUAUAUUAAUUUCAACUUAUUUAUAAUUUUAUGUAAAAUCAGCUUGAAUUGAUGAGAUCAACAGAAAAAUGGGCCUUUGACUUUGGUGUUCGCUUUAAGUAUUAGCUCACUGCACACAUCUUUGGCCAGAGCUGGUUGCAUUGGUUUAAUGCAUUGCAAGUGCAAUGAUAAAAAGUUUGGGAAUCAGGGGGGCCACUCAAUAACUGCCUGUGCUAUUGUUUCACUUACCCGGUAAUAAAUAUUGUUUACUCAUGUAGCACCAAUAAUAGCAUUAUAAUUGUAUUUAAUUAUGAAAUAAAAUUAUGCAUCCCAUACUAUUGAAUACAAUAUAUAUUUUUUCUCAGCAAAACAUGAGCAAUAUCAGCGUUUACUGGCUUAUUAAUUAGCAGUAGAAAAGUUGCUUAUUGUUACAACCCUUAACAAUAAAUAUAUUACAGGGCCUAGUAGUGGCCAAUGCCCAGCAAGUCUCUUGUGCAGUUAUAUUUUUAUGUCAAUUUGCUGUGGGCAGAUUGCAAAAAACAGUGAUGAGAAUAAAUAUUCAAGAAAACUUUGUUACAGUAAAGUAAAACUUUUAUUUCAAAUAUGCUUGAAAAUGCUUAACUUCUUGCAUUCCACACAAUAAAAAAAAAAAAAGAAGCUUAUCUCUAAUCAGUAAAAUUGUAAUGGUGUGACAGUGGUUUUGGUGCAAAUAUGAAUACACUAGGGAUGAACACAGCACUAUAUAAUAUAUACAAAUGUUUAUUAAUAUAUUAUGUCCUGGACACAGCUUGCACAAGUAUAUUUGAGUAAUCGGACUGCAAUCAGUUAGGUGGCUAAUAGGUACAAAUUUUUUAUUAGACUGAGUAUUAGGUGUAUUAUAGUUUUAAUACUUGAUCAGUUUUCAAAUGUAAGAAAACCUUGCCAAUAAAUAUAAAAAAAUAUAGUAGCGCAUUUCAAGUGUUUUUAUAUUUAGAAUAAAUAUAGCUAACAGUAUGUAGACUAUUUCUUCAAUUCAGCAGAGAAGAGAUGAAAAAGCAGCCCAAACAUUUUUUUUAAUCAUUAAAAAAAAAAAACUGUGUUGGAAAUAUAUUUAUUAUAGUCUAAUAUUUUAAUUAUUUAAUACGUUUAAAGAUUUAUAAGUCAAGCUUCAAAUUUAAUUUGACAUAAUCUUUUAUGUGUGCGUGCGCAUUCUGUGGUCUUUUUGUGUUACAACUUCAAUAGAAAAAAAGAGCUUUGCAUUCAAUGCAGAUUUGUUUUUGGGAACAAAGUAUUAUUUAAUAUAUAUAAUUGAAUAAUUUUUUAUUUUUUUUUAAAUAUAGCACAACAUCUUGUUACAACUACCAGCUAUCUACUACACACUAAACACAUAAUUUACAUUAUGAACAUGAUAGGAUGCAGGAUUGCAAUGCAAACUUUCAGCAGCCUUUAAAAUGAGUGAAUGAAUCAAAUGAAUGACAGGCAAUGAUACUGAAUAAAGUGAUUGGGCUCGAUGAGUACUUUGAUCUUUCAAACCAAGUACUUAAGGAAAUUUUAAAAUGGGCAGAAAUCCCAAAGUUACAAAAGUGAUAGCAGAUUUCUUCAUUUAAAAAAAGCUAAAUUCAUGCAACCAGUCAAGACAAUUAAAAAAAAAACAGAUGGCAUCAUCCACAAACUUAUUAUUAAUGAUGAAUAUUCUUAAAAUAAAAUAUAAAAAAGAUGUGUGCCAGAAAAGAAAAAAUUGUGAAGAGAAUAUUUAACCUCAGUCUUGUUAUUAUUUCUAUAUGUUCUCUAACAUUUUAAAGUUAAAACGGCUCAUGUCCUACUUUUUAAAACUAUAUAAAAAAUGCUGCUCUUUCUGCUGCUCAAAUCUCAAUAUCAUUCACUACUUUUGUGUGACUGCAUACCUGGUGCAAGAAAACCGCUAUCCAUAAGCUGCCAUGUGGAGAGCUGAGCCUAAUGUCACUUAAAACAGUA